AUAUAUAUACAGAUUUCCCUCCAAAGUAGGGUGAAGCAAAGCAUCUCAUUCCCUCACCCCCCCUACCCCAGUUCUUCUCCUUCUUCUUCUUCUUGUUACCUUUAAUCCUCUCCCCUUCUCUUCUCUGUUGCGUGCAAGCAUCUCUCCUCGUCUUCCUCCUCAGAUUGCUUGCUUGCUUGCUUGCAUCCUCCUCACAUUCACCACGAGGUUUCUGCUGCUGGUUUGUCUGAUGUGUGAGAUAGAAAGAGAGUGUGAGAUUGAGGACGAAUUGAAGCCUAGCUUGUGACGCAAAGUUGGCAUCUUUUGGUUUGGAGAGGCCCACUGUUUCUUCCACUUCUCGCCUUGCUCGCAUUCCUUCCUUGCCUCCAUCCCCAUCUCCAUGCCAUCCGUGUGAAGCCUCGCGCCGUUUGGUUGGUUGCAAGAACGCCACCCGCGUUGGUUGUUGCCUUCGCUUCUUUGGUUGCUGCCGUCUACAAGAAGCCUCUCUCUGGCCUGUGCUGCAUUGGCCUCGAUCGGUGGUCGAACACAUGUUCCACGGCUCGCCGGCGGCGGUGGCGGCGUCGGCGGCGGUGGCGGAGAUGAGGUUCACGACGGGGGGGUCGUCGACGCGGUCGUGGGAGCCGACGGUGACGGCGGACACGUCGGACCUGCACUACUGGAUGCAGUGGCGCGCCGCGGUGUGCGCGCUGUCCGUGCUCGCGUGCAUGGCCGUCGCGGCGUGCCUCGUGUGGCGCCACGAGGGCCCCGGCGCCGAACGCCGCCCCGGCGGCGCGUCCGGCGGCGGCGGCGGGAGCAAGGAGCGGCGGCGGCCGGGGGUGCUGUACGACGACGAGGCGUGGCGGCCAUGCCUCCGGGACAUCCACCCGGCGUGGCUGCUCGGCUACAGGCUCAUCUCCUUCUUCGUCCUCCUCAGCUUGCUCAUCGUCAUUGUCAUCUCCGAUGGUGGCACCAUCUUCUACUACUACACUCAGUGGACCUUCAUUCUGGUGACGAUUUACUUCGGGCUCGGCACGGCGUUGUCCAUCUAUGGAUGCAGCAAGCUUGCUGAUGAGAAUGUUGUCACUGAAAGAACAGACAUGGAGCUCGGCUCGUACGUCGCCCAUGGAGCUGGUACUAAACCCAAUUUGAAUGGGGAAGAUGACACAGGAGAGAUUGCUGGAUUCUGGGGUUACCUGCUCCAGAUCAUCUACCAGACAAAUGCAGGCGCAGUGAUGCUUACAGAUUGUGUGUUUUGGUUCAUCAUCUUCCCAUUCCUUACAGUCAAAGAUUACAAUCUAAAUUUUUUGUUGAUAGGAAUGCACUCGGUAAAUGCCGUUUUCUUGCUUGGUGAAGCUGCCCUGAAUAGCUUGAGCUUCCCUUGGUUCCGGGUCGCAUAUUUCUUUCUCUGGACUGCUCUCUAUGUCAUUUUUCAAUGGAUUCUCCAUGCAUCAACUCCACUUUGGUGGCCAUACCCAUUUCUCGAUGUUUCAGCUAAUUUAUCUCCUUUGUGGUACUUCGCCGUCGCGAUCAUGCAAUUACCAUGCUACGCGGUAUUCAGACUGGUGAUCAAACUGAAACACCACCUGCUCACAAGGUGGUUUCCGGGUUCAGUCGUAAGAGGCUCAUCUACACCAUAAGCCAGGCCGUCAUGCAUCAUCUUCCUCCGCCAUUGCCAACAGUUUAUACAGAAAGGGCAAUGGUGAAGAUCACAAGAAAAGAAUAAUGGCAGCCUGGUGGUGAUGGACUGAUGGUGGCAUCGAUCACCGACUCCAUUUCCAUUCCUCCUUUGCGAGAUUCUCUUAUUGCAGCAGGUGCAACUCUCCGAGCGAAAAAAGAAAACAGGAGAGGCACAUGCGUUUUACACCACCGUAUAGUAGUUCUGAUAGAUGUAAAUUGAAGCUUACAGGUUCAGAUAUGAGAUUCAGAGAGUUUUUCUUUUUCUUUUUGGAUGUAAUGGAAACUGAAAUGAACAGAGAGAAAAAAAAGAGUGUGGUGGGGUUAUGUAUAGCUUGACUCAUUGACUGAUUGGUCAAAUGGAGGAGAUAUUUGUUAACAUUUUUUUUAUUUUGUAGAGCUGAUUAAUUAAUGGUCAUUUGUAUAUGUGAUUAAUGCUAAUGAGUAAUGAAUGGAUGCAAGUGUGUGAA